UUGCUGUGCUUGUAUUUGGAGCGGCUGGAGUGUUUUAAAUGCAAAUUUAAUCUUUAGGGGGAGUUGUAUGUUAGCAAGUUUGUUUAAAGAUAACAAUAAUUUGAAAAAAGCAGAAGAGUGAAUAUAUAAAACUGUUAAGCUAUUUGAUUUCGAUAUUUUGGUUGAUUUCGAUUAAAAAUAUUGUGUCUUCAAGGAAUAUUCUAUAAUAGUUAAAUGAAAACGUCAUAAUUUUGGAUUACAUCAGUUAAUGAAAAAAAUCCUACAAUGUUAGACUAUCAAUACCUGAAGCAUUCCUGAGUGACCUGCCCCUAGAAUCAAGCCAUGGGGUGUUGCGACUCCAAACCCAAGUUGGACACAUCAGAGACGAAGUUCUCCGAUAUCAAAGGAAAGAACGAGGAAAACGGGGAAAAACCACGUAGGAAAAACAGCUACAGCAAAGACCCCACUAAUCUACCCCAGCCUGGAGAGAAAUCUGAUGCUGAGGGAGGCAGUGGCGGUGGGAAACGAGUUUACGCGCUCUAUGACUAUGAUGCCCGAACACAAGAUGACCUCACAUUCCGCAAAGGCGACGUUCUCGAACUUAUAGAGGGGGGAACUGAAGAGAAUGAGGACUGGUGGUACGCGCGGCAUACAGAUCCAAAAUACAACAAUCUCCAGAAGGAGGGUUAUGUGCCUCGGAACUAUGUGGCCUUGGAGGAUACUCUCGAAUCACAUGACUGGUUUUUCGGACGUGUGACACGCAAGGAGGCAGAGAGAAACUUGUUGGUGAAGGACAACCCUGUUGGAGUCUUCCUUGUAAGGGAGAGCGAGACUUGUCCAGGGAGCUAUGUGUUGUCCAUUCGAGACUAUGACCAGAACAAGGCCAAUCCUGAGUGUGUCAAACAUUACAAGAUGCGCAACAUGGAUGAUGGUGGAGUGUAUAUUGCUGCUAGACGACAGUUCAAGACUAUUAUGGAACUUGUGGACCACUAUAAAGUGCAAGCGGAUGGUCUAUGUCGGUCACUGGUAGCACCAUGUUCCCGAGCUGCCCCAGUCAUGGUAGACUUGAGUCGAGACACUAAGGACGCGUGGGAGAUUGACAGGAACUCACUCCAGCUUGCACAGAGGCUUGGGGCCGGUCAGUUCGGGGAGGUCUGGAAAGGAAUAUGGAACAACACAACAGAUGUUGCUAUAAAAACUCUGAAGCCAGGCACAAUGACAGCGGAGGCCUUCCUUGCCGAGGCCCAGAUCAUGAAGCAGUGUCGCCAUGACAAACUUGUGCGUCUGUACGCCGUCUGCUCGAAGGAGGAGCCGAUUUACAUUGUGACUGAGCUCCUCAAUGACAGUCUGCUCAACUACCUGCGGGAGGGAGAAGGACGAUACAUGAAGUUCCCAGAUAUGGUGGACUACGCUGGACAGGUGGCCAGUGGCAUGGCAUAUCUAGAGAAAAACAAGCUUAUUCAUAGAGAUUUGGCAGCCCGAAAUGUUCUUAUCGGUGAUAACAGUAUAGUAAAAGUUGCCGAUUUUGGGCUUGCCAAAAUUAUUGAAGAUGAUGAGUACACACCUUCGUCUGCUGGAGCCAAGUUCCCGAUCAAGUGGACAGCCCCAGAGGCUGCGAUGUACAUGCGCUUCACGAUAAAGUCUGACGUGUGGUCAUACGGCAUUCUGCUCACAGAAGUCACAACACAUGGACAAGUGCCAUACCCAGGCAUGAGCAACCGAGAAGUUCUAGAGCAGAUUCCCAGAGGAUACCGCAUGCCUAAACCGCUGAAAUGUUCCGACGCCAUGUAUGAAAUAAUGAUCAAGUGCUGGGAUAAACGUGAGGAAAACCGACCAACUUUUGAAUUCCUGGAGUGCUUCUUCGAUGACUACUUUGUCAAUACAGAACCAAAAUAUAAGGAAUCUGAAUAAUAAUCAGAAAUGUGACUGACAUUGUUGCACACAAUUUGAACAAUUAUAAUUAGAUUUAUGUAGCAUGUUACUAUUUAAUAUUAAUUUGGUUCAGAGCAGUAUUUUAUAGCAGGCUAUUUUGACCAUGCUACUCAAAGCAAGAGUAGUUUCUCUUGCUUUACUUUGAAGUGAGAACAUUGCGGUAAUGUUUAUUAUAUUUAUUUGUACUAAUUUUGUUUUCAAUAGAUCAAUGUGCCAUGAAACAAAUAUAUUAUCAUUACAUUUCAUGUUUAACAUAGCAAAGUUUGAACUCAUGUAAAUACACAUGUUGUAUUAAAGUUGAAGCUUAUUGUUUGUAGGGUUUUAGCCAGAUUUGAAAAGGGGCCGGGUGCUAAGGGUUAAAAUGGCACUUUAUUACAAAACUGUAAAAUAAGCUUUCAAAUGAAGUAAAGGAAUAUUUGAUUAUCGAAAGUAUUUAGUUCCAAAAUGGCUCAAGGGUACACCUGCUGGUCUCCAUUAGGGCAAAGGGAUGCUACCAAAAAGGACAGGGUGCAGCACCCUCCCAUAACUCCUAAAUGGACUCGGUGCAGCUCCUAUAGCUUAUGACAGGAUAGGGUACUGCACCCUCCUAUACGCCAUUAAGCUAAAACCCUACACUCAUAAGGAUUAAUCUGUUCAGAAACUGUCUAAGAAAUAGUUAGUAAUGUAAACAAGAUAAUCAUGCUGUUUGACAGCAGUUUUAUGUUUGAUUUUGGGUUUACUGAUAAGCAGUUAUUGGUAUACAUGUUUUCAUAGUCUUGUAUGUGCUGUAUGCUAAGGAUCUUACAAUGUACUUUUUCACUGGAUAUUUCUCUUUCACAAAGUACCCAUUACAACAUGCAAGUGUUCAUUCAUAUAUUGUUGCAUUUCUCUGUUAUUGAUGCAUUCCAUGUUUUCAAUUGUACAUAUAGAUAUACCGUUUUCUUUUUAUAUAUUGUAUACAAAUCCAUGUACAUAAGUAUUGUUUUGAAAGAGUUUAUUUUAGAAACUUAAACAUAUAUUAUAUUAUAGAGCUAUUUGUUUGUUGAUGUGUAUAUAUAAUUAUGUACAAUGUAACAGUUACUAUGUGUGCUAUUCAAGACAGUACAUGACUAUGCAUGUUUUCUAAACUGUGAUUAAUUUUCUUAUCUCAUUAUAUGUAUGAAAUUUUAUAUGUGUGGUUAUGAGUUUAAAAACAGAUUUAUUUAAACUGGACAUUCAAGUAUAUAAAUAGUUUUUACCGAAUGCGAAUGGAUUAUAAGACGCUCAUAGCAAAUAUAUCAUGGUUCCAUAUUUAGUACUAGUAUUGAAAGCCUCGUAAACAAGUACCAGACAUUUAUCUCUUUUUGCUCCUCCUCAACACAAAGUACCUUUGGACACAAGAUUUGUUUCUUGUGGUGUAUUGAGAUUUAAAAGGAAAAAAACACAUAACAAUAGCAGAUACCAGCUUUACAGUAUAUUCUGAAUGUGUAAAUGAAUGAUUCUAGGACACCAAGGGCCGUGAUUACAUAGAGCCUCCAGUCCAAUUCUAGACUCAAACUCAGAGAAGAACUUUAAAUUAAAGAAUUUUUAUUUUUUUUAUUCGUUUUAUAAAGAUAAAUGUAAACAAUUGUGCAAUUUUGCAUAGUAAUACAAUUGAGCUAUUUUCACAAUCAACACUCGACUAGAAGAAAAGAUGCUUUGAAAUGAAGAUGUGCAGUUUUGCUGUUUGAGUCUCAAGUUUUAAUAACAAUUUUACAGGCAGGACCUUGCUGUAGUCAGAAUAUUGAUUGAUAUAAUAUAUAUGCAUUUUGUGGUACAGUAGUUAACAUAUAAUGUCUGCGGAACUGUAUUGUAUCUUGAUAUCUGAUUUAAAAGGUUUACAACAUUAUUAUUUCUUGAUUUGAUAUAACAAGCUAUUGCUGUGUAUGAGACAAUCAUCAAAAAUAUGUAUACAUGUAUAAUUGUAUAUUCAAAAUAAUGUGUCUAUCUUUCAACUAAAGCAGUUAAAAAAUCUUAAAUUUAGUGUUUAAUUUUGCUUUAUAAGACUAUCAAGCUGGUGAAGCAAAAGUAAAUCCAACUUUUUUAGUGUUAGUGCGAAUGUCUCUAUACUUCCCAUUACACAUGAUAACCUGCUAUACAACCAAAUUAAUAAACCCAAAUAUAAUGGUAAAGUAGGCUAACUUAACUCGAAAACACUGUCUGAUCAAAUACCAUCAUGUUACGAUAUGUAUGUAGUUAUGUUAUUCAAAACCAAUAUAUCUUUGAAAAAAAAUUCCAAAUGUUUUGUUCCCCUUUGUAUCCGACAGAAUCCAUCACAAUAAAUAGAUCAGUGUUAGUCUGGCAAGCCCAUUGGUGGAGGAGACAUGAGUGCAAACACUUAUACAAUGAGGUUUUUACGUGCAGUCUUUUCUGGGUUGUUAUAAGGAAAUGAAUGUUUUGCAUUGCUGAUGGCGAAAAUGAGAUCACUUAAUAAUCUACCACAACUUUAGUACAAGCUUAAGCAGCUUACUUAGUGUAUUAUUUUGACAUUUUCGGUAAUGUCACGUUUUGGGCUUUUCAUGAUAAAUGAUUGCAAAAUAAAUUGAAACAUUUGUAAAGAAAACAGAACUCAUUUUCUGUGUGAAAUUGAUUGAUAUUUGUUAACUUGUGAUAAUACUUUAGCUAUCUUCAGACAAUAUAUUAAGUUUGCUAGAAAAUCUAUAUUUAUAUUCUAAGUAAUCAGUCCAAAUUAACUAAAUACAAGUCAUGUGAUGGGAAAAUAGGGUACUAUUUUUUCUUUCACAUUCUGUAUAUCCAAAGUUUGUGUUAAUAGAAAUAUGAUUAUCAAUUAUUUUAUAACAAAAUUAGCUGAAAUUGGUCAAACCAGUUCUUUGAUUUCACAGUUUUAAACAUAAAAGUUUCCUCAAAAGUUUCAAUGAAAUUCACUGUAACAAAGCUUUCAGAAUAUCUAUGUCAAGAUUUUUGACAAUAUUUGACAAUAAGUAAUCAAUUUUUAUUCAAAAGAAAAAAAAUCUAGCUAAUUUUGAUACCUAAUAUUUGCCAAAAAAAAUCUGUAUGUUCAUUUUAGCAAGAUUCUAAAAUAUGUAGUUUAUACAAAUUUCAUAUAAAAAAGAAUAAUAUUAUUUAGAGAAAUUUAGAAGUAACCUUGGUUCUACAGUGUGUGAAACCCUUACUUAUUCUGUUAAAUUAAUAGUUGAGUUUAUACAAAUUUCAUAUAAAAAAGAAUAAUAUUAUUUAGAGAAAUUUAGAAGUAACCUUGGUUCUACAGUGUGUGAAACCCUUACUUAUUCUGUUAAAUUAAUAGUUGAUUAAGCUUUUAUGUAAUUCUUGUGUCUCAUGUUAUUCAUGAAUUCAACCAUUUUUUUCAUUCCAAUUAACAGCAGUGUGUUAUUGUUGAAGUGAUAACUUAACCUGUAUUAUUUCAAUAUGAACAUGUGUAAUGACAAUUUCAUCCCCUUAAAUCUUGCAUAUGUAGAAAAGAUUAUGUUCAAGAGAUAUGCAUGAACCAAGUCAUAUAAAAUUUCAGUAUUCAUUACUUCAUUAACUAACAUUUCUUAACUCUGUAAACAAAUAUAUAAUGUUUCUGUUGUAAAUAAAUCUGAACACUAAAA